UGCUGGUGGGAAAGUCAAAUAAAAAUUGAAUGGCAGCUGCCAGUGAGUUACUGUUCCUUUAUCCAAGAAAAAAAGGGACUCGAAAGCAGUGGUAUAAAAUGAGGGUUCAAAAUGGGGAUGAGUGGGGAUGGAGACGAAGUAGUAAUAAUUUUGCGACCAUCAUUAUUUAUCAUCGUCACGAUUCUCAAGUUGGGGAACCCUAAAACCUUCAAACUAGACACGAAAGGAAGCAAAUGCAAAUCUCACUAUCUACUAUACUCGCCAUCUUCUCCAUCACACUAGUAAUUCUCACUUCACCAUCCACCUCUCUCUACUAUUCUCCUUCACCUCCGGCGGCGCCGUUUAACUCUUCUUCCCAUUCUUCUCACUUUUCUCCUCCUUAUGCGGAAUGGCUGUCCGCACACGCCACCUACUACACCCCCGCCAAUUCCACCGACGCGCUUGGAGGCGCCUGCGGCUACUCUGACGGCACUGGUGCGGCGGCCGCGGCGAUCCUCAGCCACGCGGUGUUUGAGCAGGGGCAGAUCUGUGGUGCGUGCUUCGAGCUGCGGUGUGCCGAGGAGGAUUCUCCGUUCGACCGUCGGUGGUGCAUCCCCGGAAGGUCGGUGAUGGUAACGGCGACGGACUUCUGUGCACCUAAUUACGGGGUCGACGCCGACGAGGAGAGUGGCGGCGGGAGGUGCAACCCUCCGAAGCAGCACUUCCUUCCAACAAUUCCGUUUACGCUUUCCUUGUGGUAG